AACAAUAUAUUUAUUUGGCUAUUUAUUUAUGUAAUGAUUGAAUUAUUUCACUAUUUAAUGAUUACACGUACUUGAUGAAUUAUUCUGUGGCAACCACCCAUCAAAUUCUGUGGGCGGGGCUAACUCCAAUCAAGCCCAAUGAUUGGCGUUAGGGUGACGUCAUCUAUGUCUGAGUCCGCUUGUUUCGGUCUAUUAAAUAAAUGACACAAAUAGUGAAUUAAUGACACAUUGAAUGAAUUAUUGAAAGCUCAAUUUAUUGAUUUGAUGAACGACACUUUUAAUGAUGUCAUUCGGUCCCAUGUGGUCCUCCAUACAGCUUUUCACGUCACAUUUCUUCACUGAGCUGUCAGUGUGUGACGCCAUUAUGGUUUGGUCACUUUCAAUGUGAAGGACAUGGUUGGCGAUGAGAAUGAUUGGAUGUAAUAACGUGUGACAUUUAAGCUGCAGGCGUCGAGUGGAUUCAUCCCUCCUGGGUCGGAGUAAGCUUGACAGAAUGCCUCUAAAGCAGGGGGGUCCGAAGCUUUUCCACCGGGGGCCACAUCCUGAAGAAUGAAAGGAUAGUUAGAGUGGUCGUGUGAUGAUGUUUGGGAUGAGGUCAAAAAGCCUAAUAGAACUUUUUCCUCAACCUAUUUUGACAAAAAUGGCAAUUCUAUUUGUUCUCAUAAUAAUACACUUUUUAAAAAUAACACGUUUUCUUUCAUAUUUCAGUUACUAAAAUUACAUGAUUUGACUUUAUUCUUGUAAAAAAAAAAGUUCUUGUUGGAAUACAACUUUUUUCCAACAUUACAAAAUUGUAAAAGCCUUUUUCCCGUGACUUAAUUUUUUUACUUUCCUAUAAAAUACUGCUGAUUUUUCCAUUUUCAUUUUAUAUUUUUAGUUGAGCUGCGAGCCAAUAAAACAGCUACGGGCCGCACUUUGGACACCCCCACUCUAAAGAGUAUUUGUGUUGCAGCGUUCUUUUAUUGACGGAGCAUUGAAGUGUUUGAUAAGUUAUUGUGUGCUAUGAUCAAGCCUCAGCCUAUCAACACUCCCUCUUGACGACAAACAUUCUCACCAACUCCUGGACUCCUUCCUGGUCGAGUAGAACGCUGCAUGUGCGCCACGAUGGGGACGCCUGGAGGGGCGUUCUUUCUCCUCCUCGUGCUGAUCGCCGCAAGGAUUUCAGAACAGUUAAAAUUGGAUCCUCCACUCAUCAGUCUCCUCGAUUGUGGCGCUGACAAAAUCCAAGUGGGCGUGGAUUCAGCUAAGAUGAGACUAAUUGGUCGUGACCCACUCAAUGGCAACCUGAUUGACAGCACGUGUUCCCAGGCCAGGGAGAAAGAUGGUGUGGUGUGGUACGAAGUUGGCACUCAGGAAGGUGCCUGUAGAAACACACUGAAGACCAACGGCACACAUGUCACCUACUCCAACACUUUAUUCAUCUACCCAGCAAACAGUUCUUCCGUUCUGCCAGCGAGUCUUCCUUUCUCAUGCGAGUAUCCCCUGAAGACAGACGCCAGACUGAAUGUGGUCAUCAGACCGACCGUGGUGACCAAAGAAGAGGUUGUCCAGCCCCAGGUCCCCGAUGAGCCACCAAGCCAAUCCGGAGCUGCAGAGGGGGUGCCACCACGCAGGGUGGACAAUGUCUUUGUUGGCUCGGGUGCCAAACUGGGAACCUCCAUGGUCCUGUUCAAGAACUCCUUCAAGAACUCCUUCGAUGCAAAGACUUACGCAGCAGGUACGGUGGUCCUUCCGGUGGGCUCAGCGUUAUAUGUGGGGGUCUCUGUGAGAGAUCCCCGCUUGGCGGUUGUUUUGGAGGACUGCUUCGCUUCUCACUCAUCAGACACAAAGAGUCCUGGCCAACAUCACCUCAUCCAAAACAAAAGCCCCACUAACCGCCAGCAAGUGUUAGUGGUUGAGAGCGGCGUAUCCCACCAGGCUCGUUUCUCCGCCCUGCUCUUCCUUCUUCAGGGAAAACACCAAGAUGUUUACCUCCACUGCAGCCUCAGCCUGUGUGACAGAAAGACCACCUCUUGCAGUCCCAAGUUGGAUCCGUCACUCAGUAACCUUAAUUGUGGCUCUGACAAAAUCCAAGUGGGUGUGGAUUUAGCUAGCAUAAGACCCACUGGUUAUAGUGCUCUGACUGGCAACCUGGCAGACGGCAAGUGUUCCUGGACCAGGGACAAACAUGGUGUCGUGUGGUACGACGCUGACGCUCAGACGGGUGCCUGUGGAAACACACUGACGAUCAACAGCACACAUGUCAUCUACUCCAACGCCUUAUUCAUCUAUCCAGACAGCUGUACUUCCUUCUUUCUGCCCCUGGUUCUUCCUUUCUCAUGCGCGUAUACCCUGGACACACCCACAAGACUGAAGGCACCCAUCAGACUGAACCUGCCGCCCAGCAAAGAGGUUGGUCACAACCAGGUCCCUGAUGAUCCAUCAAGCCAAUCCGGAGCUGUGAAUGAGGACCCACCAGGCAGGAUGGAAGGUGUCUUUGUUGGCUCGGGUGCCAAACUGAAAGCCUCCAUGGUCCUGUUCAAGAAAUCAGACUAUGCAGAGCCUUAUGCGGCAGGCGCGGUGGUCCUUCCAGUGGGUUCACCAUUAUACGUGGAGGUCUCUGUGGACAAGAAAGAUCCCAGCUUGGCGGUUGUUUUGGAGGAAUGCUUCGCUUCUCACUCAUCAGACCCUGACCAUCUUGAACGAAACCUUCUCAUCCAAAACAAAUGUCCCACCGACCGCCAGCGAGUGUCUGUGGUUAUGAGCGGCUCAUCCCUCAAGGCUCGUUUCAUUACCUCGUUCAUCCUUGUUGGAGAAUCUGGAGAUGUUUACCUCCACUGCAGCCUCAGCCUGUGUGACAGCAUGACUUCUUCUUGCAUUCCGUCCUGCUCCGGCAGAGCCCGACGUCAUGUCUUCAAGUCUUCUCCACUAAAGCCACUAACCAUUGGACCAAUCACUUGGGAGAAAUCAUCUGAGUGACAUCCAUGGCAUUGGACUUUGAGUUUGAUAGUCUACAUGUAAAUGUCAGAAAAGUGUGAUUGAAAAAUCAGCAUUUUAGGUCCCAAGUGUUCAAUGAUGCUUGUAUUUAAUGACAAAGAACCCAAAAUAGCAGAAAUACUUUGAGCACUGUAAAUAACGUACAAUUGAAAUGUUUCCCCGCUGAAGUACACGAUUGACUUUUGGAAUUUGUUAAUGUUCUGGCUUUUUGGGUUGUUUUUGUUCUUUGUUUGGGUUGAAAUAAGCUAUGGAGUAUAUGGAUGGAUUUUUUGAGUGUAUUCUAUUGAUUUUGUUGCAUAUUGAUUGGAUGACCUGCCCAGGGACUUGAGAAGGAAAGAAGCUGCAUGCAGUUGGAUCUGGUGUAAUGCAUGUCUUUAAGAAUGUGCUCAUGUCCCUGUUCAAUGAACAAUAAAGUGAAUUGUU